ACCUAUCACAGAGCUCAAUUGUGGAGGCCUGUAGGUGAUUUGCAUGAAGAGGGGAGAGGAGACACUCGCUGGAGUCAGUUCAAGUCAUCUGUGCCGCCGGGGACCACUUGCCUGGUGACAUUUGGCGCCGCUAAUUGCCUGUCUGGUGAAGUGGACUACCUGCGACGGUGCAAAUUGCGGCGGCGAGACUCCCCGCAGCGCUGUGAAGUCCUGCAGCCGUCCCCUCUGAGCCAGGAUGAGGCCCGAUAGAGUUGUCUGCGGGACGCGAUGACAGCCGACAAGGAGAAGAGAAGAGCGACCAGCCGUGAGGCGGCCAGGAAGAGGCGCCGAGUGGAGUCUGACGUGUUCGGAGACCUGUCUCGCCUCCUGCCGCUCCAGCCCUCCAUCAGAACCCACCUGGACAAACCCUCCGUCAUCCGCCUCACGCUCAGCUACAUACGCAUGCACACGCUGCUCAAAGAAAAUGCGGAGACCAGACACAAAGUACGACUUCACCCGGUGGUGGUGGGCGGAGUGGAACGCAACCACUGCAACGGAGGACGAGACGAGAAGGAGGCGGAGGAGUCGGAGGCGUCGGAGGAGAUGAGCAUGUACCUGAGGACCCUGGAGGGCUUUCUGAUGGUGCUGUCCACAGAGGGAGACAUGAUCUUCCUGUCGGACAACGUCACCAAGUACAUGGGCCUGACGCAGACCGAGUUGAUGGGACACAAUAUUUUUGAGUACACUCACCCCUGUGACCACGAAGAAAUCCGACAUAAUCUACGUCUGACGGCAGAGCAAGUCUGGUGCGGUGAGAAGAGGGACUUUGUCAUCAGGAUAAAAAGCGCUUUGACGCACAGAGGAAGAAGCGCCAACCUCAAGUCGGCGACAUGGAAGGUUCUGCACUGUCAGGGCAGAGUGAAGGUGUGCAUGAGCCCGUCCUCCAUCUCCUGCCUGCUGCUGACCUGCCGACCUCUGCCGCUUUCACACACGCUCCUCAGCACGCACACCUUCACCAGCCAGCACAGCAUGGACAUGAAGUUCACGUACUGCGACCAGAGAGUGAUCUCUCUGUUGGGUUACACUCCUGAGGAGCUGGUGGGUCGCUCCCUCUACGAUUUCUGCCACACGCUGGACUACAACUGUCUGAGCAAAAAUCAUCUAAACCUGUGUCUGAAGAGCCAGUCGGUCAGCGGCCAGUACAGGAUGCUGGUGAGAGGUGGAGGCUACGUCUGGGUGGAGAGCCACAGCGCCGUCAUCCCCAGCGUCAAAUCGUCCAGGUCCAGGCCCAUCACCCACCAGCCGCUCUGCAUCCUCAGCGUCACCUACGUCCUCAGUGGAGUGGAGGAACCGACCCUGCAGCUCUCUUUGGACCAGACCAUACACAGAUAUUUGACCUGAAAAGCGGAAGAACCGUCUGCGAAACCCACCGGCCUUUACACAACAGCCAUCUGCUCUACCUCCUUCUGUGAAUUCUAAUCAAUUGUUUUCAUGAAUCUACCUUUAAUUAAAUGUUUCUGUAUAUUUCAAAA